ACAGGGUAAGUGGCGUUGGCCAGGAGGCAGUGGCGAAGGGGAAGGAAAGAGGAUUUGGGCUAGGGGCGGGGCCUGCGGCGCAGCCUGUCUCCUGAUUGCUGGAGCGCCGCUGCCAAUCUCGCAGAAUCGCUCGGUUAACCAGUGCGCUGGCUAGACGCGCUCAGAUAUACUGAGUGUGCCCUGAGAAGCAGUCUCAGAUCCUGACGGUGCAGCAGCCCGCAGCCUCAGCCAGGGAGUCCCAGCCGCUUUCAAUGGAGGAGAAGCCCGGCCAGCCACAGCCUCAGCACCAUCACAGCCACCACCAUCCGCACCAUCACCCCCAGCAGCAGCAGCAGCAGCAACAGCAGCAGCAGCAGCAGCAACAGCAGCCGCACCACCACCACCAUUAUUAUUUCUACAACCACAGCCACAACCACCAUCACCACCACCAUCACCAGCAGCCUCACCAGUACCUGCAGCAUGGAGCCGAGGGCAGCCCCAAGGCCCAGCCAAAGGCGCUGAAACAUGAGCAGAAACACGCCCUCCAGCAGCACCAGGAAACGCCGAAGAAGAAAACAGGCUAUGGUGAACUAAAUGGUAAUGCUGGAGAAAGAGAAAUAUCUUUAAAGAGCCUGGGUUCUGAUGAAGCUACCAACCCUAUUUCCAGGGUCCUCAAUGGCAACCAACAAAUUGUAGACACUAAUCUGAAGCAGACUGUAAAGGCCAACACCUUUGGGAAAGCAGGAAUUAAAACCAGGAAUUUCAUUCAGAAGAACAGUAUGGACAAAAAGAAUGGGAAGUCUUACGAAAAUAAAUCUGGAGAGAACCAGUCUGUAGAGAAGACCGAUACUGUAGCAAUUCCAAAUGGUGUUGUAACAAAUAAUUCUGGCUAUAUUACUAAUGGUUAUAUGGGCAAAGGAGCAGAUAAUGAUGGUAGUGGAUCUGAGAGCGGAUAUACCACUCCUAAAAAAAGGAAAGCUAGGCGCAAUAGUGCCAAGGGAUGUGAAAACCUUAAUUUAGUGCAGGACAAAAUAAUGCAACAAGAGACCAGUGUCCCAACCUUAAAACAGGGACUUGAAACUUUCAAGCCUGACUACAGUGAACAAAAGGGAAAUCGAGUAGAUAGUUCGAAGCCCAUUUGGAAGUAUGAAACUGGGCCUGGAGGAACAAAUCGAGGAAAACCUGCUGUGGGUGAUAUGCUGCGGAAAAGCUCUGAUCUUAAACCCGGUGUGAGCGGCAAGAAGUUUGAUGAUCGGCCCAAAGGAAAACACGCUUCUGCUGUUACCUCCAAAGAGGACUCUUGGACCCUAUUUAAACCACCCCCAGUUUUCCCAGUGGACAAUAGCAGUGCUAAAAUAGUUCCUAAAAUAAGUUAUGCAAGCAAAGUUAAGGAAAACCUCAACAAAACUGUACAGAACUCUUCUGUGUCACCAUCUUCAUCUUCAUCCUCUUCGUCAUGUGCUGGGGAAACUCAGACCCAGUCUUCAAGUCGGUUAUCCCAGGUCCCAAUGUCAGCGCUGAAAUCUGUUACUUCGGCCAACUUUUCUAAUGGGCCUGUUUUAGCAGGGACUGAUGCGAGUGUGUAUUCUCCAGGGGGUCAGCCACUGUUAACUACUGCUGCUAAUACUCUAACACCCAUCUCUUCUGGGACUGAUUCAGUUCUCCAGGACAUGAGUCUGACUUCAGCAGCUGUUGAACAAAUUAAAUCUAGCCUUUUCAUCUAUCCUUCAAAUAUGCAAACUGUGCUGUUGAGCACAGCACAAGUGGAUCUACCCUCUCAGACAGAUCAGCAAAACCUGGGGGAUAUCUUCCAGAAUCAGUGGGGUUUAUCUUUUAUAAAUGAGCCCAGUGCUGGCCCUGAGACUGUUAUUGGGAAGUCAUCAGAUCAUAAAGUGAUGGAGGUGACAUUUCAAGGGGAAUAUCCUGCCACUUUGGUUUCACAGGGUGCUGAAAUAAUCCCCUCAGGAACUGAGCAUCCUGUGUUUCCCAAGGCUUAUGAGCUGGAAAAACGGACUAGUCCUCAAGUUCUGGGUAGCAUUUUAAAAUCUGGGACUACUAAUGAGAGUGGAGCCUUAUCCUUGGAACCCAGUCAUAUAGGUGAUCUGCAAAAAGCAGACACCAGUAGUCAAGGUGCUUUAGUGUUUCUCUCAAAGGACUACGAGAUAGAAAAUCAAAAUCCUCUGGCGUCUCCUACGAACACUUUGUUAGGCUCCGCCAAAGAACAGAGAUACCAGAGAGGCCUAGAAAGAAAUGAUAGCUGGGGUUCUUUUGACCUGAGGGCUGCUAUUGUAUAUCACACUAAAGAAAUGGAAUCUGUUUGGAAUUUGCAGAAGCAAGAUCCCAAAAGGAUAAUCACUUACAAUGAAGCCAUGGAUAGUCCAGAUCAAUGAAGGACCAGACUGCCUAUUUGUAACCUUUCUGCAGCAUUAGAGCCACCGUUCAUGGGGGACACAAGGCUUUUAUGCUCCUAGAUCUUCAACGCAGCAGAGGAACCAUAAGUAGAAUCACAGGAUAAUAUAUACAAAUAUAUAUAUAUACAUAUAUAUAUAUAGUUAUUUAAAAAAAGGCAACUGAAAGUAAUUAGACUUCAUAAGGAAUCAAAAUUUAUUUCAAGAGACUACACAUGGUUAUUUAAUCUCCGGUACUGAAUAGUUUUUUGUUUUUUUUUUCUUUUUUCUUUUGUUAGUUUUUGUUUUUAAGUGUGAAUGCAAGUGAUUAAUGAAUACAGACUUAUUACCAAGCGUGGUUCUAAAGUUCCUGCUGUCAUCAACUUGGGCAACAAAUGACCCACUGGAAAGGCAAAUCCACUUAAAAGAUCUCUGUAUCUUGUUCUGUGACUAAAGUGAUACACUAAUCACGGGGAACCCAGAAUGAUUCAACAUUUCCCCCACUCCUCCUUUGAUCUUUUGGUUAUACUUUGAGCCCUGCGAGAAUGCUGGAUAAAUGCCUUGAAGUUUGCAGGGGUGUAUUUUUUUUAGCGAAUAUGAUUUGCAUGUCUUGCCAGGAGUUAAGCAGCCUCUGUGGGGUGUUGGGGAAAUUUUUCUUUCUUUCCUUUUAUUUUUUGUGGGGUGGGGAUAGGGGAGGGCAUUGAAGUUCUAUAAUUCUGGAAUAGUUGGUGGUACAUAGUUCACUUGGCUUUGGUUACAUAUUGGACUUUAACAAGUGAAGAAUCCAUGAGUGUCAUUUAAAGAAAAGUUACAGAACAAACAAUUGGCUUUAGAUAUUUAAUAUGGAAAAAUAUUCCUUUGCCCAUAUUUUAAUGUAAUUGUAUAAGUGGGAGCAAAAAUAUACUCUGCUUUUCAACUGUAGGUGCUCCAGACUUGCUCUCUGUCACUAACACUAAAUGUGCUGUUUUCCUUGUUUUUCAUUGAACAUCGAAAGAGAAACUUCUGUACCUUUCUGUAAAUUCUCUUUUAAUUUCUCAGAAAUAUCUAAAAGGGGAAGAAAAAACUCCAUGAAAACUAGAAAACUUUUCAUGUUUUUAGCCAGUGAGGAGGUGAUAAACCCUGCCUGCAGAAGGUGUGUUUCCAUGCAAACUAUACUUCUGAGCUUAUUAGCUUCUAAUUAUAUCUUAAUAAAUAUAUUUUAUUACUAGAGCAAAAUGGGUUUUUUAAGGAAAAUAAUGUGAAAUUCUGGAAAUUUUCUUUUGGGCAGAGAAGAGCAUUAGCCCUGUCUUAUCAUCACAUUGCCAUCCUGUUGCACUGCAGCUUGUAUAUAGCAUGCUAAAAUAAAUUUUUUUGUGUGUGUGCAGAAACUAAGGGUCCAAUUUAAGAUUGGGUGAUGUUAGUGGCAUAAAAACAAGUUCUCUGGCCUGACAUAGCAUCACAUUACACACACACAGAAAUUAGUAUAUCCAUGUAUGUCAAAUACAGGUUAAAAAAAGCAGGGCAUUUAUAUAGAGAGAGGUGUAGUCUUCUAAUAAAAGUAGACUGGAUCCCCUGGGGUAUUUGGGGGAGAAGGUAACUACUUUUGCUCAAACCCUUUGCUUAAGAAAUGUCCAGUUUUGAGCGACUGUAGUAUGGAUGAGUUUUCUUGUUUUGUUGAUUAUUUGAGACUUUUAACAAGUAGUUUGUGAACGAAGCUGUUGGACUCAACUUAGAGUAGAGAAAAUAUCUUUAGUCUGGAUUUCUGCCCUGCUUAGAUUUUAAAAGUAUAAGCAUGGAUUGCCAAUUCCACUUGAUGUAAACAAAACUUUUUAUACAUAAUAUAUAUAUAUAUAAUAACUUAUUGUAUCAGUCCAGGUUCAGAAACUUGUGGUAGGCCAGUUCCAGAUAGUUUCAUUUCACCUGUAAACUGUAUCACUUUUACUGAUAUUGUAAUUUUCAAAUGUAUAAUAUGUUUACAGAUGUGCCCUGCAUUUAGUCUGCCUUGUUCCUAUUUUGAUUUUUGUUGAGUCUCCUGCCUGCUUGCCAAAAGCUAGGAUGCUUCAGGCCCAUGUACAAUUGAAAGCAGAGGCAUCCUUGAGCUUUAAAGCAUUGAACAAACUGGAAAAUGCAACAUACCACAUACUGAAGUGAAAGAAGUUUGUGUUUUUGUGUUUUUUUUUUUUAAUAAAAAUUUUCAAAAAGUUAUAAAAAAAAGAUAUAAGGUUGAUUAAAGGACAAAAAAAGACUCCAGUUUGUUUUAUAGGUUUUAAAGUUCUGCUGUGUGUUCAAUUGCCUUGUGUAACCACUUGUCGCCUUAGGGCCAGAUUCCCCUGCACCCCCCUUCUUUUUUUAAAAUGUCCAUUUUGCUUGCCUGGAAUUUAAAAGCUCUUCUGUCUCACAACUCACAAGAAACUUUCUGGGUUUGUGACAUAGAGGUUGAAUGAAUAUAUAUUUAAAAAAGAAAACAAAACAGCCCCCGUCUAAAUUGGGCUUUUUAAUUUAGAGGCAACACUUACUUAAAAAAUAUCUUUAGAAAUCUCUUGUUGCUUUUCUACUUCCCUUCCCAUAGCCCUCAGGCCUCCAUGUUUAGAGAAGCCAAAAAGAAUGUAUCCCUUAUCUGUUUGUCCAAAGGUUUUUGAGAGUCUCACUUCUAAAUGAAACAAUGCAACAUUUCACCCUGAUUUUCUCCACUGAAAUUUCCUUGAUUAUAUGGUUAGAGAUAUAUAGUUAGGAAUGUCUCUUUCUGGGAACCCUAGUGCCCCAUCAUAUUGUCAGUAUUUUUGGGCAUUGGGUAAUGGAUUUAAUUGCCUAGGUACAAGCAGGACUUUGGGACAAAUCUCCUUUGUGCUGUUUGGUAACACUUAACUCUACUUGUCGCAGUCUUUCUCCUUAGGUCCUCACACAAUUCCUUACAGAGCACUUAUUAAAAAAAAAAAAAAAAAUCUUAAGAGUUGAUUUGUUUUCUGAUUAUUUUUGUGUAAGCUUCUAAACAAACUUCAGCUGUGAUUAAUUUAGCACAUUUAAAUAACAUUAAUGUGUUAUUGUUUGGUAUACAGAAUUUUCCUUCAACUCAGAGUAUUAGUACUGUAGCAUAAACCAAAUACAGUCUAGAGGGGAUUUUUAACAUCCCUCCAUUAUAAAGACUGAAAAAGGAGUGUGUGUGUGUGUGUGUGUGUGCGCGCGCGCGCGUGCGUGUGUGUGCAUGUGCGUGUGUGUGUGUGUGUGUGAGGGACAGAUGGAGAUAGUAAAAAUUAGUAAAUGAAUGUGUGUAAGACAUUAUAUUAGUAUUCAGAGAAUGAACUUGUAUUUAUUUUGUGCCAUUUGUUUUCAUUACACAGAAUUUAAAAGUCAGGUGGUUUUAAUCCUAAAAAGGGUAGUAUUUGAAAAAUGGCACUAAGAAUGAAAUCAUGACCUAUUUUUUUAAUAGCUAUGAAGAUACUAAUUAUGGGUGAAGAUUUCUUUUUAAAUCUGUCUUGAUUGUAGGCUUUUGUGUCACAUACCACUCUCUUGUAGAUGUCUUGAAUAAUUCCCCUUCCCCACAAAAGACAGGGUGUAUUUAUCUUUCUCUUUAUUCGCCCCCACUUUGCUGAACUGAAGUUAAUUGCAUAGCCUUUCCUCUGACUUUCUUAGUAAUGAACUUUCACAUGAAGUAUAUUUACAGCAUCUGUAGUUAGCCCUUCCUCCUCCUUUCUGGGAGGGGAUAGACGAUAAUUAGGAAAUUUGUUAAUGCCAGUUUGUUUUCUCUCGGAAUAAAUGGCUGGAGAAGUUCUCUCCAUUGUAGAAUUUUGCUGUUCCCCUAAUCAUCUGCUUACACAGUCAUUCAAAAUCUGCAAAAACUUUAUAAAGGAAAAAAAGUGCUGCAUUGGUUUUUCAAAUAACCGUUUCUAGGCAAAAUCUGGCAAACCUCAGGAGUAUUGUCCACAGUACAAAUUGUGUUUUUUCACAAAACACUACAUAGCAGCGGUAGUUUCAUACUCGGUUGUUAAUCUUGUGACUAACCAAUUGGAGGCAUCUAGUGGUCUAUCUUUUAAUGAAAACUUUUAAACACAGAAAAGCCAUUUAGUGUGAAAUUUUGUGUCCUACCCAGUGGCUACAGGCAAGGAAAACUGGAAAAGGACUUUGAUUUUAAAUUCUAAAUAAGGAGAGAAUCAUUCAGUCAAGGCUUUCUUCAGAGAAAUAGAUAAUAAAAGUCCCAUUUCCAAGGAUUAGGAGUAUAGUUUAUGCCAUUGGGUCAUAUCAACACAUGAUCCUUGUAUACCUAUGCUAACUGCACAACAGACUGUAGCAGGACAGAUGCAUAUUAUGAACAAUAAUUUUUGUGAUCAGGUCUGUUGAUGUGGUACUAGUUGAAUUAGAUUCUUUGGGUGGGCUGUGUUCUUUAGCAGUCCUACCCAUAACUUAACUGCUGGGUUUUGAAAGAGGGUAGGAUUUGCUCAUCUGUUUUUUCCCCCAAAAUUAGAGGGGCAGAGGACAAGACUAGAAGUAUGUAUGAUAGCUGCUCGAAGUUUGCAGAUACAUAGGGUAUCAUUAGUUCUUAAUGCUGAUGUUAUUUUUAUUAAUGUGAUUAAUCAGCAGAGCACCAGGAUUAUUUUAUGGUGAGAAAGAUGGGCUUAUACUUCGAAUAUCUUAAAAUGUCUCUUUUUAAAUAUACUUAAAUGUGUUCACAUGUUUGAGAGCCAGGACCACCCUGGGCUGGUUUUAAAGAAUGAUAAAUCAUUGGCCCCCCUCAAAUGCACUGCUUUACUGAGUUUUAAAUUUCACACUGUUUUGCUACUCCAUAUGAAUAAAUAGAAUUUUAAGUUGUCUGCAUAAUAGAAACACCCAGGGAAACAUGAGCGGGAUGUUGCUUCUGCAUUACUGGGAGUGUCCAAUAGCAGUUAUGGGCAAGACACCUAUGGAACAGCCAUCCUCACAUGUGAUGGGAUUGCUGGUUCAGACUUCUCUAUUUAUCCAUACAAUUUUGCUUAUGUCCAGAGUUCUAAAGCCAUUUUAUAAUACUGCAGUAUCCCUUUUCUACAGCCUUACUAAAAUAGCUACAAACAUAUUCCAAUGCAGUAUCCCUUUUCUACAGCCUUAUUAAAAUAGCUACAAACAUUUUCCAGUUCAGUUUCACUUUUGUUGUAUAUCAAAGUUACACUCUACAGACCAAGAAACCAACUUGAGGUAAAUUCUAUAGCUUUCCAUAGAUCCUUUUUUCCUCAGGUGCUAAACAAAGGCUCCAAAAAAUGGAUACUGCUUUAGUAAUGUCUUUUAUUCGUAAACAUUUCUUUUGCUAGACAUAAAGAUUUGGUGUUAACAAAAAUGGUUUUAAUAUGUAAAUAUGAAUGAAUGCCUUUAGUUUGCCCCUGUUUGUCAUAUUAGUCUUGUUUCAAUUAUCGUCUGUAGAGGAGGAUCCUUUCAUAAUCUUGAAUACAUUUCAUUAGGAAUUGUUGCAUUUUUAGAGUGGAAAUACAACUGUUCUCUGUCUUGGAUUAAUCCUGCUGCUGCUAUGAGAAACUGAAAAUCAAGAAUGUGAUGCACUUUUUACAUUACUAUAUACCAUAUGUUUCUAAGUCGCUUUGAGUACCUUUCCUGUAGCACAGCCACUAACAAAAGUGAAUGAAUUUAGAAUUUUUCUUCAGGAGGGAAUCAGUACAAAUAACUAUUUAUGGUAUUGGCCUAUGAAGGGCAGUAACUUAGGAAAAUAAAAAUUCUGUUAGUAUUACGCUUUUUGGCCUUAAAAUGUCUUCUACUACUGAAAAUCUUUUAAAUCUUAGUUUUGUUUCUAUUAUUCCCUCUCUCUGCCUCAAAAAGAGGAUUUGGGAAGAGUAGCUUAAAAGAAGUUUCAUUGGUUGUUGCUGAUUUAUCUUUUAGAAAGAAAACAAUUGUUUACUACAUAAGCUGGGGACUUAUUUUUUGUUUGUAUUCAGAGGAGAAAUAAUGCCAUCCCGAGCCAAUCAGAUUUCGUGUAAUCAAAUCCAUCAAAACUCAGCUAUUCUGCUUCUCUAGUAUAUUUUUACUUAGCAAAGAUAAACUUACAUAUAGUAGGAAUGCUACUUGACAAGAGGAAAAGUCAUUUCUCAAGCACAUACCUAGACUUGGAGGAGACUGAACCCAAAAUAAUGGAGGAAGAAACACCAAAUGGGGUGGAGGAAUAUGAGAUAUGUGGUCCAAAGCUAUCUGGUUAUAUUUUGAUGUUGCCAAUAUUGCCAAGCCAAAAUUUUAAUUUGCUUAUUUAAUAUAUUUGUUGGCCAGAGAUCUAUUUUUAUAUCAAUGUGCCUUGCAUGUAUAUUAAAAAAGUUUGGAAAGGCCAUGUAGUAAUGCCUGAGAUAGUUGAUGGUUCUUACCACCUCACUAAUUUUUAUGCAGUAUGAAAUGCUCAUUCUAUCGCCUAACUGGUGCUCUCUGUUUAAAGUUAUAGAUCUUGUCACAAACUGGAACUGUUUUAUAAACUGGGGAAGUGAUUUAAUUUACUUUUUGUUGUUUCUUUUUCUUAAUCUGUUAGUGGCUGUUCUGUAGUGGGAAAUAGUAAAAAGGAUUCUUCACUCCCUUUACCCCCUCAGCACCUUCUUCAAGUAAUGUGAUGACACCAUUUCUUGUGUGCUUUGAAAAAAGUUUCAGCUUGCUGUCUCCUUUAGUGUUAUAAAAAAAAAAAAAAAGUGUUAUGAAAAGCAUUGUUUGCAAAAUCUAGGGAGAUAAUGGAGUCCACUUUAAUUUGGAAUUCUAUGUGAGCUAUGAUCCAAGUUAUUGGCUCUUUCCAACUUAAAAAUUUUUAUUGUUAAAGCACCUUGGCUUAGGAAAUUUUAAAUAUUUAUGUCUGCAACAAUUGUCUCAAAAUAAUGAACUGUGCAAUUCUUGUCAUUAAAAAAAAAAAAAAAAAAAAAAAAAUCUGAACUCUCCCUAAUGUGACUUGUUAGUUUCUCUGUAUUUCCUGCCAGUGUAAAUGUGAAAAGCUUUGCUUGCAUUACGUUUUAGAAAUGCAUUUUGCACACUCGAAUUCUGCUGAAGCUCCAUGAAAAGGUUAGAUCUAAGUAGAUGAAUAAAGCUAUGCACAUGUUUUGAAAGUUUAAUUUGUGUGUCAUUACCAGAAGUGACCUGUCCUUAUUACUUUACUGUUCUUAGCUUUACCAUCCUUAGAAACAUGGCUCAAAGUAAUAGUUCUGGGCUAGCUCAUCAGCGGAACUAGAAGAGAGGAAAACUGGCACCUAUUUUAAUAAACUCCAGUUUGAAUGAGAGCUGGACUUGUAUCUACUAAAGGGCUUUUCUUGAAACAGGGCAGUUUUAUCAGCUUUACAAACUUUUGGAUGCUCUUCCUCGUGGAAAUUUUGGUUUAUUUGGUCAAACAGAAAUGGAAGGUAAUUCAAACAAAUAAGAGGGAAGGACCUUUGCCACAUGGAGUUCUGUGACAGUUCUGUCUUAAGCCUGGUUUAAAGGUAGGAUAGCCUUUUUACCUUUAUUGCUUUAGCACAUGUUUGGUUUUACUGAGUGAAUGACUUGAGAUUAGAAUCAUUCAACUGUUUAAAGUUCAAAGCACAGGUUGUUUUAAAGAUAAUGUGUAUCUUUUAAAAAUUGCCCAAGCUGAUUAGCAUAAGUUUAGGAAUUGGGCGAAUUUGGUUAAAUUGCUGCAGUCUGCAUGUACUAAAUAGCUUUACUUCACAUGUAUGUGUACUUAAAAGAUUGUGUAGAUGUACUGGCCAGGUUUGUCAAACCAUCUUUUAAAACAUUGUUUUGUAAUCUCCUUAGGGCUUUUAUAGAAGAGGCUAAUAAGCUUAAGUAGAAGAUAAUGCUAGUGGUAUUUUCCCCAUGCUCCUCAAUAUAAAAGAAAGAUUUCUGAUUUGUAAGGGUUUUCCUACCUAUAGAGGAGGGUUACUUCUCUGUCAUCAAGUAUGCUCUUACUGUAUGUUGUUGACUUUGAAAACCGCAAAAUCCAUCCUUCUGAAAGUGACAGUUAAAAACUAAAUCUAGUAGUCAAGAUUGGAAAAGUAACCCAUGACGGCUGGCCUUAAAAGGCAUAAACGGGGGAAGUGUAGCAUCAUCUUAGAUGAUAUGGCUACUCCUCAGCAUCUGUCACUAGUUCACUUAUGUUCAGUAUGUACUGAAGGAGCAAAAUAAUUUCUGUGUCUUGUGUGCAUCAGCACUCACGAGCUGAGUUACCUCUUUUUGAUAUGGGGGAAAGGAUACUUAGUGGACUACAGUUAUGUUGGAGGGUGUUUUUCCUUCCCUCUCCCAAUUAAGAUUUUUUUCAGUGUUUGUUUCGCCCAGUCAAAAAAGAUAGGCCUUUUCUAGAUAAAAGAACAGUGGCCAGAAAUUUACCCCUUUGCUAAUUGCUUAGGUAUUUGCCAUAGCUGUUUCUGAUGUCAUGGAAUCUGAGGAAGUGUCAGUUACACUAUGAUCUUCCUUUAUCGAUGUCUUACUCCAUGUUCAGUGUUUUAAAAAUAUAAAUUACAAACACUCUACAUCCAUACCCAGAUUUACUUAUUUUAUCAGAAAAAAAAAAAACUUGAGAAAUUUGUAGAUCAAAUUAAGAGACAAUAAGUGUACAUUGUUGAAUAAAAAAUUUUAAAGUUUCA